GAAUCGUCAACUGGUCAAGUCUUCCAGAAGACUUGAAGAACCCUACGCACAGGCCACGAAGAUAAGAGCUGAUCGUCGCUUAUCGCUGACAUCAAACCGCCUGCCGCCCCUUUUCGUGAAUUUUUCGGCCCGCAUUUGGUUCCACUGCGCUGGGCGCUGCUUUAAUUGCCAUCCACCCAGUCCAACGUGCCGAAGGGACCAGCCAACGGCUGAUUUGAACGACGCAGCUCGGGUUUGCGUCGCAACCAUCAACCAACAAAAGACACACUCGACCGACGCUUCAAACACGCCGUCACGACCAUUUUGACCUUUCUAACACCGAAAUUACAACACAGGCUCCAAGGCCGUAUUCGCCGGCAGUUGACACCGAUACGAGAAACCCACGACAUACCGAUCCCUCGGCGGAUUCGCAAGGAUGGCCAUUGCUCGCCCCGUAAGGGUCCUGGGCUUUGCGGCCGUGGUGAUGUGGUUCUUCUUCAUCUGGCAGGUCCUGAAGCCGACAUCACCACCAAAACACAAGGCCAAAGAGAUCAUCAAGUCAUUCGAACGAGAUCCAAACCUAGACCCAACGGGAGAGCCAGAAGGCAUUUUAGUUCACGCGUCCGAGGAAUAUGCACCCGGCCCCGCGGGCACCGCCCGAAUCAAUGCCACCCUACUUGCCCUCGUACGAAAUGAGGAGCUCAACGACAUGCUCUCCUCCAUGCGCGACCUCGAAAGAACAUGGAACCACAAGUUCAACUACCCCUGGACCUUCUUCAACGAUGUCCCUUUCACCGAAGAAUUCAAGAAGAAGACGCAAGCUCUUACCAAAGCAGAAUGCCGCUACGAACUCAUCCCGAAGGAACACUGGGCUGUCCCCGAAUGGAUCAACAUGGACCUCUACAAGGAAUCCACCCAGAUUCUCAAGGAAAAGAAGGUCCAAUACGCUGACAUGAUUUCCUACCACCAAAUGUGCCGCUGGAACAGUGGCCUCUUCUAUCACCACCCUGCUUUGGCCAAUACGCAGUACUACUGGCGCGUGGAGCCCAAGGUUCACUUCUUCUGUGAUGUCGACUAUGACGUCUUCCGCUACAUGCAGGACAACAACAAGACCUACGGCUUCACCAUCAAUCUCUAUGAUUCUCCCGACUCGAUCCCUACUCUGUGGCCCGAGACCCUGAAAUUCAUUGCCGAGCACCCCGAGUAUGUUCACGAGAACAACGCCAUGGACUGGCUGACGGAUAAGGUCCGGCGGCCAGACCAUAACAAGAAGGCUAAUGGAUACUCGACUUGCCACUUCUGGUCGAACUUUGAGAUUGCCGACAUGAGCUUCUGGAGGAGCAAGGCGUAUGAGGAUUACUUCAACCACCUGGACCGGACUGGGAAUUUCUUCUACGAGAGAUGGGGUGAUGCGCCGGUGCAUAGCAUUGGACUGGGAUUGUUUGAGGAUAAGAGCAGGAUCCACUGGUUCCGCGAUAUCGGAUACCAACAUAUCCCCUUCUUCAACUGCCCCAACUCGCCCAAGUGCAAGGGCUGUGUGACGGGUCGCUUCACGGACGGAGAGUCGUUCUUGUAUAGAGAGGACUGCCGACCAAACUGGUUCAAGUUUGUCAGUCAAGGGUAAUGAGCUUGACGCUAAGGUGGCUGCACUGUAUACAUUUUGAUCAUCGAGAUCCUGGGCUUCUCUGGGACGGAGGUUUUAUUUUGGAUUAUGACUAUAAUCAUGCACUCACACGCCACACAGGGGAAGGCAUUUGGGAAAGACUGAGCGACAAAACAGGUGUCUGGCGCAAGCGGGGAUUUUGACUGGUUUAUUGGCUAUUCUAAUGAGGUUGUUACAUAUACAUACUACGAAAAAGGGGGGUAACGUUAGGGGUGGAAGGGAGGCUACACGGUUUGGUGUAGAGGGCAACAAAGAAUUAUGCAAGAAGUAAAUGCAUACAGCAUGUUGUGUGAGAGAGGGACUUCACUGUUCAUGUUUUACUAGGUUAAAUAGAAGAAAAGAAAAUGCGACAACCA